AUGUCGAUCCCAAUUCUUGAAUCCUUCCGGAAGAGAAAGAAAACGCCGAAAUUGUUUGGCUUCCACACUUUUGGCGACUCAGGUUGCCCCAUUACUCCCACGGGUCCUUUUCGUGAUAAUAUUCGUCUCUUUCUGCAACAAUGUGGUGAGCUUCAAGACUACAGUGUUGAAGGCAUGCCCAUUUGGUGUAUUCUUCUUGUUCACGAGUCCUCCAAUUUUGUUAUCCCUCUUUACACCAUUGAAGACACUGUAGCGCACUCUCCUCACUCCUUUUGUGAUCACUGCAAAUGCACCGGUUGGAGUAAUCACUUUGUGUCCAAACGGAAGUAUCAUGUGAUUAUACCAAAUGAUUAUCACUGGAACAAGCAUUUGAAGGAUGACGUUUUCCGUGUACACAAUCAUCUCUUGCAUGGUUUAAUUCAUUGUAAUGGAUUUGGUCAUUUGCUCUGCAUUAAUGGGAUUGAAGGAGGUUGUAAGUAUCUUUGUGGAAGAGAAAUUAUGGACCUCUGGGACCGAAUUUGUACAAUUCUUCAGGCCAGGAAAAUCACCGUUGAAGAUGUGUCAAAGAAGAAGUCCAUGGAUCUUCGCCUACUCCAUGGAGUUGCAUAUGGGCAUCCAUGGUUUGGUAGAUGGGGAUACAGAUUCUACCGUGGAAGCUUUGGAGUUGCAGAGCACAAUUACAACAGAGCAAUUGAAAUCCUUAGCUCUUUGGAACUUGAUAAUAUCAUGCAAGAUUUUCGAGACACCAAUAAGUGGAGACAAAUUAAGCAAAUAAUUCACUGCUACAGAGAUAUGAGUGAAACCCAAUUGAUCACACUGAAAGAUCUUCUCAGGUUUAUGUUAACUUUCAAGUCUUGUACUUCUACUCAGAAGAAACCAAUCAUGGCAAACAAUGCCCCUUCAUUGUCUAUCUCAAAACCUUCAAUGAGGGCAUCCCUGAGGAAUAAGUCUCUAGUUAAGGAUAAGUCUUCAAACUACAGAAAGUUUACUAAUUUGAUUGCUAAUAUGGAUAGUAGAUGGUCUGCAAGAAGACUAGAAUCUUCAGCAAAAGUGAUUGUGAAUGCAUUGUUAGAAAAGAAAGCAGAGGAGUUUGGUCGCGGUGGGAUGAGUCGACAAGAAUUAAGAGAUGCAGCCAGGAUGCAAAUUGGGGACACUGGUUUACUUGAUUAUGUAUUGAAAUCUAUGAACAAUGUAAUUGUUGGAGAUCAUAUUGUGUAUCGUGCAGUGAAUCCAAGAACUCGGUUAUUAGAAUACACAAUUCAUGAGCUUGGUAAUGGUGAAGAACUUGAAGCCUUUGAGCCAGAACCAGAAAUACUCAGACACCACCUACUACCACCAACUAUAGAGCAUGGAGCUGAUGUUAGCAGUGAAGUUGUGUAUUUGUACAGGAAUGUGCUUUUGAAUUACCCGGGAUCGAAACUGGUGGGUUUGGCAAGCCAAGUAGUUCUUGAUAGCAAAUACUUUGUAAAGGAAUGGCCUUUUAAGGAUGAACAAGACCAGGUAUUGAGAUUUAUGUGCCAAAUAAUACCAAAUUCUAUCGACGAAAAAUCCGAUUUAACACCUGGGGAGCUGGUAAUGGUUCCAUUGCAUGCGACGAUUCUGGAGCUGAAGAAAGCCGUUCAAACAGCACUGAGAGAUACGUACUGCAUCAUGGAGAAACUAGUGGUGACAGAUAUCGAAAACAUUCCAGGAAUGGAGGAUGGAGAAGUUGUAUUUGGAGCAAUAGAGUCGGGUGCUGAAAUUAGUGUGAGAGGAGAUGGGAUAGAUUUGGAGUCAAAGUAUAAGUAUGAAGGAGGAGAUGAGAAUUGGAAGGUGAAAUGUGAAUGUGGGGCUGAAGAUGAUGAUGGAGAAAGAAUGGUAGCAUGUGACAUUUGUGAGGUUUGGCAACACACACGCUGCCAUGGGAUUCAGGAUUCAGAGACAGUGCCAUUGCUGUUUGUAUGCCCUGGCUGCUGCACUUCUUCAUUUGCAGCAUCAACAACAACUCAAUCACGGUAUGAGUAUGAGUUUGAGAGCACCAAUGAUUUGUUUUUGGCUUCUGAAUCUGAAUUUGGACAUGGGGCUGAGCUUAUUAUUAAGAAUGAUGAUGAGAUGCUUUUGUGA